AUGCCACGUUACGAAGAUGACUACGGAAGGCGUGAGGACCCCAGGGCUGCGACUGUUCGUCGAGAAGUCAGAGAAGACCGCCACGCUCCUGCCAGAGUGGAAACAAGAGAAAGAACCAGAGUUAUUGAGGACCCGAGAGACCCCCGAGGCGCCUCCCGCACGCAAGAACCCAUGGAAAUAGUCGAUUCCCGUCUGAUGUCUGCCUCAAGAACUAUGGGUGACCCCCGAGGAGCCAACGCUGCUGCCAGGUUAGAGCCCCGACCUGACCGUCACGGCGGCGGUGUAGUCUCGAGGGCACGGGAUGAGCCCACCUACUAUGAUGAUCACAAGCCGACAAGAAUGGUUGAUCCCAGAGAUGCCCGGACCGCCGACGUCUACUCCAGAGAAACUGCUCCGAGAUACUCCAAUCCAAGAGAUGACCGGAUGGACACAGAACCGGAUAUUCCACCUCCCAGGAGAUCAGCUGCCCGUGAAGUCGUCGAUCCCAGGGAACACUACAUGGAUGAGGACCAUCGAUCAAAUAGAUACAACGAUUAUUUUGUUCCCGGAGCUGGCAUAGAGGUCAUCCAGCACGAGAUCUGCCGGUAUCUGGGCAAUGAUGCAACUGUUCGCCCGUUUACCAACAAGGAUGGCCGGACUGGCUUCCUUGUCCGAGCCUAUCGUGCCCUAACCUCCGCCAUGAUUGAUGAUUUGAAGAGGGACAGCGCUCGUUGGCGUCAAGACCAGGACCGUAGAAACAGGCAAGGGCGGAGCACGGUGUCCUAUGCCGAGAUGAAAGGCCGCCAGGAGGCCGACUACGGCGAUUCUAUGGACGUCGACACCCAGGACUAUGCACACGAGGCAGUCCCUCGCCAUCGUGAAAUCGACCCGCGCGACAUCCACGCCCGCGAUGUCCGGGAUCCCCGGGACCUACGCGACCCCAGAAACGUCCAGGGACGGCAUGGCGUGACUCCCGUUUCAUCCGGCGCAUAUGGCCAGGAACCAUAUCCCGCCUACUCAAUAGGCUCUAGUCAACCAGGAAACUAUGGCCCCGAAGGCAUACCGAGAUACGGGGGUGGAGGCAACACGCCCCCAACCACUCGUGCACCUGUUCCUGGAUACGGUCAACCCGGAUAUGGUGGAAGGAAUGCGGCACCCGCUGCCCCACCUGCCCAAGCAUACAGGGAUCCUAGAACUGGACAGAUGGUCACUGGAUAUGAGACCGGGUACGCCGAUCCCAGAUCCCGGCAUGGCCGGUGA